ACUUCCCGCGCCUGAUAUGUUCACGUCUCUUUGCAGAAGAUUGGGCUGCAGUUGAAAGCCACGUUAGAAAAUAUCACCAAUCUCAGACCGGUGGGGCAGGAUUUUCGCUGGUAUCUGAAGCUGAAAUGUGGGAACUGUGGCGAGGUAUCAGAAAAAUGGCAAUAUUUACGAUUAAUGGACAGUCACCCUCUCAAAGGAGGAAGAGGGAGUGCCACAAUGGUGCAGAAAUGCAAGCUGUGCUCCAGAGAAAACUCUAUAGAUAUCUUAAGUCACACCAUAAAGCCUUACAAUGUUGAAGACAAUGAGACCUUUAAGACAGUAGUUGAGUUUGAGUGUCGGGGCCUUGAACCAGUGGAUUUCCAACCACAGGCUGGGUUUGUUGCAGAAGGUGCAGAGUCUGGAACACCUUUCACUGACAUCAACUUAUUGGAAAAGGACUGGAAUGACUAUGAUGAAAAAAUAAAAGAAUCAGUUGGAAUCUAUGAAGUUACGCAUAGAUUUGUCAAAUGUUGAGACUUGUCAUGAUAUUACUUUUCCCAUGGCCAUAUUGUUUAAGUUGUAUUUGCUUAAUCAAGAAUAAAGUCUUUUACUUUCUAUAAA